ACACAUUGCGAGUCGAUACAAGAUUCCUAAAGAUGCAAAAUAGACUUAUGAAUCAUGACGAUGAGGGUAGGUUUCGACGAGUUCCUGUGUCUAGCACUUCUUACGCACUUCAUAAGCGCAAAGAGAUAUAGCAACAGCUCGAUGUUGUCGAAUCAACAUCAAAGGAAGAGGAACCCGUCACAUCACCCCUCAAAUGAAGAAAGCGACGAUACGGAUACGAAGACGCGUUGUAUACAUAUAUCGGCUUCAGCGGCUCGAUCUUUUCGAGAUACCUCGCCCGUGGAUUGAAGUCCCGUAACGCUCAUGAAGAUCCUGCAACGCCAUCGCACUAGAAAAAUAUCAUCGAGUCAAACAUAGCGGUCUCGAUUCAUAUCACGACAUCUUCCGCCCUCUGACCCACCUCUUCGCCCUUCGCUGUCCCCCCCUUCAGAAAAGUUACACUCGGCACAACGCUACAGUACAACGUUGAGAUACCAUACUUCGUGUCCGAUACCCGUAUCCUUAUAAAUGUAAAUGUGUGUUCGUGUGUGUGACAAUAAGCGCGGCUCAUCCAUUCCACCGACUCCCCCCACCCCCCAUCACUAUCAAUCUACACAAUUCGCCCGAGGCUGAACAGCGUAACACCCUCUUCGCAGAUUUUCCUUGCCCGAGUUCAGCAUUCCCGGCUCAAGGACCCGGUGGAGCCGAACUCCACGAAGAAGACAUAUGGACCUGCAUACGUACACGAAGAAGAAAGAGUAAACGGCGAAGGCCAACGCACGCUAGGCGGUGUUUGACGAGUCGAGUG